AGCAGGGGAUCUCCGACCAUUGGUGUGCCGUUCACCUAUCCUGUCCUCACACUAGUGCUCCAUGAUCAAGGCGGUGCUCAUCAUCAACACAGCCGGCAAGGUCCGGCUGCUCAGCUGCUACGAGAAGGGCAUCUCCCUCGCGCAGCAGCAGGAGUUGGUGCGCAGCAUCCACCGCGCCAUCUCGCGCCGCGGCGACGAGCUUUGCAACUUCGUAGACGACUUCCACGAGUGGCCUACCCCCGACACCCGUGUCAUAUACCGCCGCUACGCUACACUGUGCUUCGUCUUUGUCACGGACUCGUCGGAGUCUCAGCUGGCGAUUCUCGACCUCAUUCAGGUGUUUGUCGAGGCCCUCGACCGCACCUUCGAGAACGUGUGUGAGUUGGACCUGAUCUUCCACUCCGAGAAGGUGCAGUACACGCUGAUGGAGAUGAUUAUGGGCGGGAUGGUGCUGGAAAUGUCGCGCGAUGAGAUUAUCCGCAGUCUGGCGGAGAUGACCCAGCUGAGUGCGAACACCGUUGCCGACAACGGAGGGUCCCGCACUUUGUCUGGCUAUCAUUGA